GUGCUCAAGGAAUAUGUCGGUCCAGAAAAUUUUCGACAACAAGCAAAUCCAGUUGUUUUUCUAAUUUUUGAGGCGUCAAAUCAACACAUUGGCCGCGACACGGUCAUUUAUUUUAAUCACGAAAAUUUUGAUUUGCCUAGAUUCAUGAUCGAUAACGGCCUCGAAAAUGGUCUUAUCGGUAUGAACAUAUUGCCGGUAUCAACAGAUGCUUAUGCUAUUGAAAAGCAACGACUUCGGGGCGUUGCCGAUAAUUGCCAUUCGUUGGUUAUACAAAAGUUGAAACUUGAGAAGCAAUGGCAAUGCAUUGAUAUGUUGCCUUUAAAGGAAAUGAAUAACUGGAUAUCGGUUAGUUUCGAGCAACCUGAUACCACUGCUGAGCUGUGCUGUCGUAAAUUUGCACUAAAUAUGAUUUCUGGAUGUGCUGGUGAUGAAGAACGGGAGCAGGAAGAGACUGUUUGCUGUAGUAAUUAUAUUCGUUCGGCCUUCCUUUUGCCGUUUAAUCGGUUCAGCAGUCCAGUGAACACAAGCGAUUAUCCUAGAGCAAUGUAUGGGAUUAGCUGUAAAAAGAAGCCUGUGCUAGGUUUUAUUUACGGUGCCGAUUAG